GUUGUUUCACCCUCAAAAAAUUCCGACUCGUCCUCCUUGGUUGAAGGUUCACUGCGGUGACUGUAUUGGUGGCAGUUUGUGAUCUUUAAGCGUUUUAAAUCACAAUGUCGGGCCGUGUUCUUGUUGGAGUAAAGCGUGUCAUCGAUUAUGCAGUUAAGAUUCGUGUAAAGCCCGACAACAGUGGCGUGGUGACGGAUGGCGUGAAGCACUCGAUGAACCCCUUCUGUGAGAUCGCUGUGGAGGAAGCAGUUAAACUGAAGGAGAAGAAGCUCAUUAAGGAGGUUGUGGCUGUCAGCUGUGGGCCACAGCAAUCACAGGAGACCAUUCGUACUGCUCUGGCCAUGGGAGCUGACCGCGGCAUUCAUGUGGAAGUGAGUGGGAAAGAUUAUGAAAAUCUUGGACCUCUGCAGGUUUCUAAAAUCCUGGCUGCUUUGGCUAAGAAGGAGGAAGCUCAACUUAUAAUCCUUGGCAAACAGGCCAUCGAUGACGACUGUAAUCAGACUGGUCAGAUGACAGCUGCUUUACUGGACUGGCCUCAGGGUACCUUUGCAUCAGAAGUGUCACUGGAAGAAAAUCAGAUUAAGGUGGUCAGAGAAAUCGACGGUGGGCUGGAAACUAUUAGGAUCAACACACCGGCAGUGCUGACCGCAGACCUCCGACUCAACACCCCCAGAUAUGCCACCCUGCCUAAUAUCAUGAAAGCAAAGAAGAAAAAGAUUGCCAAUGUUAAGCCUGCAGACCUGGGUGUGGAUCUUACAUCACGGUUGGAGGUGCUGAGGGUUGACGAGCCCCCACAGAGGGAGGCAGGGAUGAAAGUGGAGACAGUUGAAGACCUGGUGGGAAAACUAAAGGAUGCAGGAAAGGUAUAGAGCCUAGAAGAUCAAGAGGACAGGAGCACACAACCGAGCAGAGUGGUUUCUAAAGAAUUAGGACUGUACUGCAUACACACACCCACCAAAUGAGUUUAUGUAUCAGUCUUGUCCUUCUGUUUGAGACUGUUGUUUCUGAGAAUGUGCAGUUUGGUACCAACAGUUGAAGAUGGUCACUGAGACACACUGUCCUGCAGUCAAACUAUCCCAAAAGAUAUUUUUUUCAAUGUACAUUUUACCAUAAAUACUAAUUUUGUCUCAUUUAACUCCAAUGUUAAUAUACUUUAUGCAGUGAGUGAAAUUUGAAUAAUCAUACUUUUUAGAUUGCUAAUUGUAAGAACUGUUAAGAAGCAUCUUAUAGAGGCUUUACAUACAGCUUUUAUCUCCUAAUGUAGUCAUACAUUUUCAGAGGUGUAAAUUGUAUUUUGUAAAUAUUAAUCUAUGUAUGUAGAAAUUAUGUCUUUUAGGAUCAUUCUCAUUACAAUUGCUAAUCUGCAAAGUAAAUGGAUAUGUGACUAUGGGAAUGGCUGGACAAUGUGUCUCAGUAGAGGAAGGGAGAGAUUAUAAUUCAGAAUUUUACCAUAAGCGCCUCAAUUUUCUGGUUGUACAGAAUAUCACAGUGACAAUAAAGCAGCCAGUCUUUUCCAUAUUAA